AUGGCUGGAAUGAUCAUUGGUUUUCCGACAAUUUUGAUCGCUUUUGUCAUUUGGGGCGUUUGCUCAGUCCCGGAAGUUGAAGAAGGAGAGCCGAUUUAUGACGAAUCAGAUGCCGAGAAAGACUCCGAAAGCGAAACAGAAGCCAGCGAAAGCCCAGAAGAAGAAAAUAUCGACCAGAAAGACAAACAAGCCGAACCCGUCCGCCGCCGACCAAAACGCAAAACUGCCCACACGGAUGACUGA